AUGGACGUAGCAGACUACACCCAGAGGUUAGAACGCGCGGUCAAGCGUGCCAAGAGCUUAGAAGAGCUGGAAGCCCCACUACCUCCUGACACUGUCUCGAUAGUUUUCACGACAGAAAUCAUUCAGCCAACAAGGCUGGUGAGAGUCCCUAUCACAGAAGAGGAAGAAGAUGGGGCAGAGUUGCCCGAAGGGAACUGGACGGUUGCGCCUCCCCGAGCAAGGUUCUUGUCUGCGGUCAUGGACUCUCCAGAACGGGUGCAAACAGAUGAUGCUGCUCAAGAUGAAUAUACAAGAUCGGUUGGCGAAGCGAUUGGAAUCAUGACUUUCGCCGACAUCUCUGACGUUCAGCUGGGACCAGAGAUCACCUGUGAGGAUUUUGUAAGAAACACAAGCCAGUGCGAGCAUAGUCUGUUCCGGCAUGCCGCGUUCGAUGUAGCCAAUCAGCUCUCGAACACACAACAAGUAGGUGCGGAUAAUUUAGACGAGGAUGGGAGGCCUGCGGAUGGACAACAUUUGGUGAAAGCGGUCUGGCUUGAGCCUAGCAUGUUUAGUGUUUACGUUGAUCGACCGAUCGAGGAUGCCGCAAACUAUGCAAGAACGGUGGACUAUAUGGGGUCCAUCCUGAGUGGUCUCGCGAUGAUGCGAGGGGGGGAGCGAGGGCCGCAGAAUAGGGACGACGAAAUGGAUGAUGAUGGUGCUGAAUCCGAAGACGAAGGGGUAUGGGGUGCCUAUAGGGAAUAUGAUUCCGCCAGCAUGCUCGAGUAG